AUGUUGCGCGCCGGGUGUCGUGCCGCGCUGCGCCGGCCGCUGCUAGCUUCGCGCCGCUUGUCGUCGCUGGCGGCGUCGCAGGCGGCGUCGCAGGCCAUCGCGGGGGAGCGCGCCGUGGACGACGAGAAGUGGAUCCGCCUCAUGCAGCAGACCAGCCGCCUGGAGACGUCCGUGCUGCUGCCGCUGAACGAGAAGCUGCUGGGUCCGCUGGACCGCAAGCACCGCGAGGAGAAGCUGCCGUCGCUGCCCUUCGUGUUUCUGCUGGGCAACCACUCGUCGGGCAAGUCCUCCUUCAUCAACUACCUGCUGCAGCGCGACGUGCAGUCGACGGGCGUGGCCCCCACGGACGACGGCUUCACCAUCAUCGCGCCCGGCCGCGAAGACCUGGACCAGGACGGCCCAGCGCUCGUGGGCGACCCGGACCUGGGCUUCUCCGGCCUGCGCGUCUACGGCCCGGCGCUCAUCCAGCGCACGCAGCUCAAGGUGCGCAAGGGCAUCCAGGCCAACUACAUGCUCGUGGACAGCCCCGGCAUGAUCGACUCGCCGCGCAGCCCGCCGCACCACUCGCAGUUCAACUACGGAGGCCCCAGCGGCCGCCUCUCCCCGCAGCAGCAGCAGACCAGCACCUUUAAGGGCCAGGACUCGGACCGAGGAUAUGAGUUCCCGGAGGUCGUGCGCUGGUACGCGGAGCGCGCCGACGUGAUCCUGCUCUUCUUCGACCCGGACAAGCCCGGCACGACGGGCGAGACGCUGUCCAUCUUGACUCGCUCGCUGGUCGGCAUGGACCACAAGCUGCACCUCGUGCUCAACAAGGUGGACCAGUUCCGCAAGAUCCACGACUUCGCGCGCGCCUAUGGCUCGCUCUGCUGGAACUUGAGCAAGGUCAUUCCGCUCAAGGACUUGCCGCGCAUCUACACCAUGUGCAUCCCUACCAAGGACAACCAGGUGCAGGCGGCGGAAGGACUCGGUGCGUCGAUGAAGGACCUGGACGCCAUGCGUGAGGAGGUAGUGAGCGAGGUGCAGCGCGCCCCGGAGCGCCGGGUGGACAACCUCAUCACCAACCUGUACGACUCGUCGCGGCUGCUCAAGAUGCAUGCCGAGAUCUUCGAGGACCUGCGCGCUCGUUACGCUAGUGAGAAAUGGCGGCGCUCAGCCCUCGUGGCGGCGACGUUCGUCGGAGGAAACGCUCUCGCUGCUUCGGCGUUGGCGAGUGGUGUCCCCAUCGAGGCGGCUGCGGGACUGUCCGUUGCUAGUGCUCUGGCCUCUGCUGGUGUGGUGUGGCACAACUCGACGGUGAUGGCUCAGCUCGAGCGUGACCUGUUGCACGAAGACUCGCUGGGAGAGCUGUUCCGCCGUCGGUAUGGCCGUCAGUUAGCUGAAGGAGACGAGUACGUGCUGUCUCUGUGGAAGCGCGUGCUGCCGUCGCUCCAGGUUGCUGCGCACACGCUCGGCUUCAGCAAACUGCCCAAGCUCAAGAGCUCGGAGAUCGCUGCACUCGACAACAUCGUGAGCAACGAGAUCCCCGAGCUGCGUCGGCAGUGCGCUCCUACGGACAGCAGUCUGGCCCACCAGGUUGCCAAGAUGUUCCGCAGCUAA